ACGCCGCCCCAGAAAGGACUUUCUUGCUACUGAGAGCUGCUUGGAUAUGCAGAGAUUAACGUGAGAGGAUGGAUCUAAUUAUCUGUGUUUUGGGGCUGCUGGCGCUGAUCGUGGAAGGCAUCCGUUGCCAAGGAGUGUAUGCGCCUCCGACGGUUCGCAUUAUACACUCAGGGCACGCCUGCAACGUGGAGGAGGAGAGGCACACCGAGAGAGUCUACACCAUCCGAGAAGGAGAAACCCUGGAGCUCACCUGUCUGGUGACGGGGCAUCCUCGACCUCAGAUCCGAUGGACAAAGACAGCUGGCAGCGUGUCAGACCGCUUCCAGGACUCCAGCGUGUUCAACGAGACGUUGCACAUCGCAAAGAUCCUGAGGACUCAGGGCGGUCGCUACUACUGCAAGGCUGAAAAUGGACUCGGCUCUCCGGCCAUCAAGUCCAUCAGGGUGGACGUCUACUACCUGGAUGACCCGGUGGUGACUGUGCACCAGAGUAUAGGAGAGGCAAAAGAGCAGUUCUACUAUGAGAGGACGGUGUUCCUGCGCUGUGUGGCCAAUUCCAACCCGCCCGUCCGCUACAGCUGGCAUCGCGGCAGGGAGGUCCUGACGCAGGGCUCGGACAAAGGCGUGGAGAUCUACGAGCCUUUUUUCACACAGCAGGGGGAAACAAAGAUUCUGAAGCUGAAGAACCUGCGUCCUCAGGACUACGCCAACUACAGCUGCAUCGCCUCUGUGAGAAAUGUGUGUGGGAUUCCCGACCGCAGUGUCAUUUUCAGACUCACCAAUAAGACAGCCUCCCCAUCCAUCAAGCUACUGGUGGAGGAUCCUAUCGUGGUGAAUCCAGGACAGACUGUAUCCUUGGUGUGCAUCACCACAGGAGGGGAACCGCCUCCUCUUCUCACCUGGGUCAGCAGCAACGACAGCCUCCCCCAGAGGAGCGUGGUGAAGGGGGGAACACUCACCCUGCCGGCCAUCACCUCCGACGAGGCGGGAGUCUACAGCUGCGUGGCCAGUAACAACGUGGGCAACCCGGCCAAGAAGUCGACCACCAUCGUGGUGCGAGCUUUGAAAAAGGGACGGUUCUGGAUCACUCCUGACCCUUACCACAAUGACGACAACAUCCAGAUCGGACGAGAAGUCAAGAUUUCCUGCCAGGUGGAGGCGACACCUCCAGAGGAGCUGACAUUCAGCUGGCUGAAGAAUGGCCGUUCCCUGCGGAGCUCCGAGCGGAUGGUCAUCACCCAGACGGACCCGGACAUCUCACCCGGAACCACCAACCUGGACAUCAUCGACCUCAAGUUCACCGACUUCGGCACCUACACCUGCGUGGCGGCGCUGAAGGGCGGCGGCAUCCCUGAGAUCAGCAUUGACGUCAACAUCUCCUCCACAACUGUCCCUCCUUUGUUUUUCUCUUUCUUAGUUCCCCCCAACCUGACAGUCCCACGGGGCAAGUCGCCCCUGGUGGCCCGCGAGGGUGACACAGUGGAGCUGGAGUGCCUUGUUUCAGGGAAGCCCAAGCCCAUCAUCCUGUGGUCGCGGGCGGACAAGGAGGCGCCGAUGCCGGACGGCAGCAUGCAGAUGGAGAGCUACGACGGCGUGCUGCGUAUUGUUAACGUGUCCAGGGAGAUGACGGGCUCGUACCGCUGCCAGACCAGCCAGUACAACGGGUUCAACGUGAAGCCCAGGGAGGCCGUGGUGGAGCUGAUCGUGCAAUACCCUCCGACGGUGGAGCCGGCGUACAUGGAGAUGCGUCAGGGCCUGGGGAGGCCGGUGGUGAUGACCUGCAGGGUUCUUCGAGCCCACCCGUCCCGAGUGCUGCGAUUCGAGUGGCUCCUGUCCAACCGGCUGCUCCACGCCGGAGCCUUUGACGCCCAGAGAGACGAGACGGAGUACACGAUCCGCAGCCUGAACCGGGACGGCUGGGGCGAGUACACCUGCAACGUCAUCAACGAGGCCGGAGCAGGGAAAUGCACCUUCCAGGUUACAGGUAAAGCCUACCCUCCAGAGUUCUACUAUGAUACCUACAGCCCCCUGUGGCAGAACCGACCCAGAGUCUACGGCUUCAAGCUCCAGUGGACCCAGAUGAACCCGAACGCCGUGGACCGAAUCGUCGCCUACAGACUCGGCAUCAGACAGAUGGGGCUGCAGCGCUGGUGGGAGCAGGAGAUCCCCGUAGAUCAAACCAUCAACAAAGGAGAGCUCAUGACACAUAACUUGACUGAGCUGAUAAAACCUGAAUCUUACGAGGUGCGUCUCACCCCCAUCACACGCUUCGGAGAGGGCGACUCCACCAUCCGGAUUGUCACCUACAGCGCUCCCAUCAACCCUCACCUGCGAGAGUUCCACUGCAGCUUUGAGGAGGAGCCCAUCUGCAUGUUCACCCAGGACAAGAACGAUGAUUUUGAUUGGACGAGGCACAGCGCUGCCACUCGCGACACCAAGUACACGCCCAACACCGGUCCCAGCGGCGACCGCAGCGGCUCCAAACAAGGUUUCUACAUGUACAUCGAGACGUCCAGACCACGCAAGGAAGGAGACCAGGCUCGGCUCAUAAGUCCGUUCUUCAACGUAGCACCUAAAAACCCGUACGGAAUCACCAAUCCACCAGCCUACUGUUUUGGCUUCUUCUACCACAUGUAUGGAAAACACAUAGGAACACUAAACGCCUUCCUGAAGCAGAAGGGCCAAACGACCUCGGAGGGCCCCGUGUGGUCUCUAAGCGGUAACCAAGGUGAACGCUGGAAGCAGGCCAAAGUAAGCAUCCAUCCAACGGCGUCCUUCCAGGUCGUACUGGAAGGUAUCCGGGGACCAGGCAUCGAGGGAGACAUUGCCAUCGAUGAUAUCACGCUGGAGGAAGGGGAGUGUCGAGACCCACCGCCCAAUCUCAGCGCCAAGGCUCUGUCCACAUCCUCCCAUAUAUGGCUGCUAUGUGUCACCUUGGUGCUGACCCUGCUGGAAGGUCAGAGGUGACCCUAUUCUCUGUCAUCUCAGAGGCGAAUAUUCAGACCCACCGUCUGUGAGCUACACCCUCGGCAUCCAAUCACCAAAGAUUCAUGCAUCCUGAAAGCAGCGGGGUCCCCCUCAUGGACCACAGACCCACAGAGGGACCAACGGAAGAAAGAGAAAAAAUAGCGAUUAAAAAGUUACACAAAAAGUAAUAAAGAAGAUGCGCAAAUUUUUUUUUUUUUAAAAGAGACCUCUUUUACAGUAAAACACUCCUCGGCGCGGGACGUCUUUACGAGCACAAAGACGGAUGGGUGACGGAUGAGCCUGGACUUUGGCGGAGAGAGUUCACAAGCGUCGAGGGGAGGACAGUUUGUAAAGCACAAGUACUAUUUUAUGAAGCUACGGAAAUAAUCUUUGGAAGGCAGCGAAUAAUACAGACACUGCUGACUUUUUGAAUAUGAAGUAACAUUUUCCCUGCUUACAAAUACAUGGAAUCAGACCUUUCUCUGUGUAUCUUUGUCUUCAUUUUUCUUGCACCAAAUGCCAAUCACCAACACUCGUUUUUCACUGGAAGCCCCGGCCUCACGUCACAUCUUGGCAUUUUCUUUAUCUGCUUGGUGCUGUACUGUAGAGAAAAACAAGGACUCUGGCAACGUUUAGUUCUGUCUGCUUACUCCCACCCCACCUCCUGUAGCUGCCUAUGUAUCUUUUAACACUGUGCUCACGAGUCCAAGUGGCCAACCGACGGUAUGGUGGCAGAACAGUAAGAGCAGCAGAGGAGCAGACAGCAGGAGGUGAGGUUAAAGGGAGGAGGAGUGGAGGGAAGAGGAUGAACAGGCAGAGAGUAGAGAGUAGAGGGAAGAGAGAGAGAGAGGAGCUCCAUUAGCGAGGCCUGACUCCAAUAUUCAGUCGGCGGUCUACCUGUGGAACAGAAGCCACUUUACUUUCUGCCAUGAAACAAAGUGCCUUCAGAUUACAAAACCGAAUCGUGAGCCUGGGUGUUAAUCAACAUCGAACAAAUCUCUGUUGAUGUUUCCUCUGAUGGGCUAUUUUCUACGUUUCUUUCGCCCCACAAGUGCUGACGGGAGGCCACGUGUGUUCAGAGGGAGUACGAGGGUCAUGCUACGCCCGGAUCUUGCUCCUGAUGGGACAGUUGCCUGUGUGUGUGUGUGUGUGUGUGUGUGUGUGUGUGUGUGCGUACGUGCGUGUGUGCGUGCGUGCGUGCGUGCGUGCGUGUGUGUGUGCUGCGUGUUUGUGUGCGUGCAUGCACCUAAGCCAACCAGGCAGUGCCGGCAGCGCGGCUUUUGGAAACAGUUUGGAUUUUAAAAAAGAACAAAAAAACACAGCGGCAACAAUGAAAGUGAGGCUCUGGAUCUUUUUGUCGUUUUUUCCUUCUUUUCUUUUUGUGCAGAAAGACAGUUUAAGAUCAUACAGGAGGAUAAAAACACUUCGUCGAAUGAAUACCCCACUCUCUCUUCCCAUAAUUCUCCUUCCCUGCGGGUGAGCAUUUUUUAACAAAAGAAAAAGAACAACUGCUGAAUAAAAUAUUGUACAGGGAGGCGAGUAGGAACUCUGGGACUGCAGGCUCUUCAUUAGGGUGAAAGGCCUCGCCCCUAUCCUCCACCAUUUAUAUGGAACAAUAUGAGAAUAAAAAGAUAAUAAUGACCAUAAUAAUAGUCAUGAUAUUUUAUUACUCUAGCGAGAAUGUUUCUCUGCUUUUACACAAACUGUGAAGAUUGACUGUGGAAGAUCUACCUGAGACCAUAACCUUAACCAGCGGGGUUUUUAAAAAAUGUAUUGUAAAAAAGAGAAAAUAAGAAAAUGAAAAAUUCCGUUCAUUGUUGGUUAUGACAAAUGUUUUGAGGACUUGUGUCUUGUUUCUUAUUUUUUCUGUUGAAGAUGACUUAACUUCCUUUUUCUUCUUGUUGUCUCCCUUUGCAUUGCUGAAAUAUCAAAGCUGAUGGAAGCAUAAGAAGUAAACCAAUUUGGUAAAUGUAUAACUUGUAAAUGUUAAAGAAGCUCUAUUCAAAGGUUUAUGAUAAAUGUUUUAUGUUGGAGUACAGGAAGCACAACAUACAGUUUAAGGUCUCAACAUAUAAAAUCCAUUUUAUAUUUCUCUGCACAUGCGUGACCUGCUCUCACAAAUUCAGGCUUUCCGUCACAAACAAGUCCACAUUUAACAGCAAACUGGUCAUUUUCUACUCGUUCUCGUCAAACACAGGUUUGAGUUGGGAGUGUAAAAGUGAAAUCUGCAUGACUGCAGACGGGAUGAAGGGUGAGUUUGGUGUUGUGGUUCAGCAUAUGUAGCCUCUUCAGUGGAAGCCUGGGUUCGUCUGAGGGGGUUGUGCACGUGUAAAGCAUAAAGCUGUGUACAAUAGGUGUGAUAAGAAACUGAUAUAUGUAAAGAAGAUAAAUAUGCUAAGCAAAACAGAGCAGAAUGAUGAACAUUUCAGGGCAUCCUUACUAUAUGGUCUGUAUGAUGUUACUGCAGAGACAUAGUCAUCACAAAUACUAUCUGCUAUCCAUUUAUUUUUUUACAUAAGUUCAGACAUUUUCAUUUUGAGUUUAGGAUCACACUGAAUGUAAAAAUGGAGUUCUUGGGAGUUCUUUAAUCUUGCAGUCUUACUAGAUGUAAUGUUUUACUAAAACAUAUGUUUUUGUGUGCUUUUGAUGAUGAGAACUUUCAGACUUUUAUAGGUUGUUUUGGACACAUUGACAACAUGAAGUUCGUCCGACUUUGACACGAUUUCCAAAAACAUAUAUAAGCUCAGCUAAGUAUCCAUUAGCUAGUUGCUAUAUCCUCCUGUGGUGUAUAGCAGGUAAUGAAAAGUGCCAAAGUGCCCCGAACAGUCGUCACUGUUACUGAGUACGGAUAUGAGUUUAAGAUAUUUUGGCAACUGUUCCUUUUACAUCCCUGAGCAGCUGGUCAGUUUAUGAUGAGAAGCAAAGGUCAGAAUUUAAUGUAACUGCACCUCCGAGUGCAUGAGGACAUCACAGCUGGGUUUAAAUAAGCGAAACACAUUUGGUUCUGCUGGUCCACUGCAGACACUCGAUUCAGGUUGCACUAACAUUUCUAGAAGCAGCCUCCUUUCAGGCUUUCUGUUUCCACUGCAGUGUAGGAUCUGUCAGGACUGACCAUGACAUUAACUCAAAGUGCACCAAAACCACUUGAAAUAGUAACUACUGGCUGUAACAUCAAUUUAAAUCCAUUAGAACAAUGAGGAUUGGUGCUACGUUUGCCUAUGUGGUGAACUUUAUGCUGAAGAUGGGAAUGUUAUGUCCUCUUUUAGGUUAACCAGUCAGUCUUCUUUGAGCCCUGCACCACAGUAUUUCAGGUCCACCUAGAUGUAGGUAACCUGGAGGAGAUUGUUUUUUCUAACCUGAAAGCAGCCCUAAAGGAGGUUUUUCAGGGGCGGUUGUUGCAGUCAAAAUGUGCACUGAGGUUCAGGCCCACAGGUUCCUGCAGCGAAAAACUGCCUAAAAGGAAUAAUUUGGCAUUGUUUGUUUGGUUUAGCUUAGCAUAAAACUGGUAAUAUAGGGAGAGCAGUGAGGCUGACUGUCCAAAGGUAGUAAAAUGUUGUCAUGGAGCACUUCUAAAGCUCACUAAAUAACCGGUUAUGUCUUGUUUUUACAAAAUAAAUAAGUUUAAUAUAUUUUUUUAGAGCCGGGGGGUUGAUAUCCCUUUCCUAAAGCCUCAGCACAAGCCAGCAGGAGAUGGUGGCAAGGGAAGAAUUUACUUCUUAAAAGAAGUGGAAAACAUUUGCCAAUUGGAGGAAGCUACAUUUAACCAAAGCAUGAAUCUGUCAGACCGAUCAAAGUUUAUUGUGUUAAUAAUAAUUGAAGAGACAACAGCAUCUCAGAGAACAGAUGUAUCCGCUGACUGUUUUGCUGUAUAUUAAGUACAUUUAUAGUAUUCACCAACCUGUUCAUCAGUUUAACAUUGUGUAGUUGCUGGGCAUCGAGGCUAACCGUGAUGUGUUUGUUUACAGCAUAUAGUUGAGAAUUCAGAGUUACAAAUACACUUUAAAAUUCAUUCAAGGGACCUGUUCCCACUGCUUGAUUAAAUCCAUGCUUGCAAGAUUAAAAAACAUCUAAUUUACUGAUUUACAUAAGCUAUCUAAGUUGCAAACAAUAUUUUGAUGCAUUGUUUUGACAUAGUAAUGUGGCUUCAGCUUAAGAUUGUGUGUAAUUUAAACUCUGAUAUCUGCGUUAAUUGAUUUGAAACUACAUUCAAGUUGAGGUAAUUUAAUGAAACUGACUUGAUACGUUAAUUUUCCUUCAGCUUGAAGUUAGGAUUUCCAGUCCUCUCCUCUAUCUUAACAUGGCUGCAUGCUUUCAGAUGGUUAAGACUGGUAAUUAAAAAUAACUCUAAUGGAAACUGAAAAGCAAAUUCCCCAUAGUCACUGUUGUUCCUUGACGUUUUCAUUACUCAAAAAGAUUGAUGCAAACUGUUGCUGUGUUGUUUUUGUGUGUCUAGUCCAGCACAAAAACCCACAAACGGUUUUUUUCCAACUGGUUUCUGUACAGAGUAAACAAAAGAGAUUUAACGUAUUGAUCCGUUGGCUGCGGAGGUGCUGGCAUUUGGAUUUUGCAACCUUUGGACAGAGCCAGACUCGUUGUUUUCCUCCGUGUCCAGCCGUUGUGCUAAACUAAUCUACCUGACUAGUGGUAGGUUCCUGUUAAAUGAGCAUGAAAUGAACAGGUGUCAUCAGUCUUCAUGUCUAGAUCUGCACAGGAAAACAAACAGUAGGUUAUUUCCCUUGAAAAUGUCAAACCAUCACCUCAACAUGAGAGCUUCAGUUCAAAAAUAUGCUCCCUCUGUUUAUGCAUCCUGUAUUUAUAUCACUAUUAGGUUUUCAAACACUGCAGCAAACCUCCUUUUUGCUCUUGUUUUGUACAUUAUUAAACACUGGGUACAUUCAUGCAAAUGGAAAAUCUUUAUUUGAGUUUCGAAAUAUUGUCUGAUUUUUGCCAGAACUGUGGCUGCAAAAAAAAAAAAAAAGAGGAAUCAUUGUUUAUUUCCACGGUGUUGCAGCUCUCGCCAUGUCCUUGAUUUCCAUUUCUGUGCAAUUCACACACUAAAUGUCAGCCUCUGCCCUUUGUGCAUACGAGGUGCUGUGAGCCCAGCGAGCAGUUUACACACUCAGCUCUGCUCCAUUUCUUGAUAAAAGUCCUCUAAGCUACUUCAAAGUACAAUUGGAGGGGAUUAACAGUUUUUGAAUAUGUAAACAGUGUUGUGUGAGUGUUCGCGCUCUCACACUGUUUACUGACAUUAUUUUGAUGGUGAGCGCUAUCUGUAGUUGAAGGGAAAAAAGUGUGAAGUGUUCAGAAAGCAAGAGGAGGGAAAUGAGUUAUUUCUAGAUUAGUUUGGGUGCUGGAGCUUAAUGUGACCACGUGCCAAGUGUUUUGUUUUUCCAUCUCUCCGCCUGGGCCCUGGAUAUUUAGUGGCUGCUGUGUUGUUUGGUUUUUUGCACUAGUUGUAGGGAUCGUGCCAUGUUUUUUAAUUACAAAAAUGAAACAGCAUUGCCUCAUUUCUUUUUCCUCCUGGUUCAGGAAUCUAUUAAGCUCAGUUCUUCCACUUUCUCCACAACAUGGUGUUUAGACUUCACUGGAAUGUAAAGUAUGAAAUACAGGUACUGCGAUCUAAUACAACAAUGCAGUAAUAAGAACUACAUUCCUCAGAUGGAGCGUAGCACAGAGCUCUGCUUCAUUCUCAGCUGACUGGUUUAGUCAUGUUUCUGCAGGUGCACAGGUCAGCCUUUAUAUCUUUCCACUAUCGCUCUGCAGACAGGCUUUGUGCUGCAGCAGCUCCUUCAUCAAUCAACACUUAAUUGCUAAUUAAAAAAGUUCAAAGGUUAAUGCACAGUUAGUCCUCUAACUGCAUAAAAAUCUUCUUUAAGUGGUCACUUUCUUGACAUAUUUGUUGUUCAACUCUUUGAAGCUCCAGCUGCAGUUAUAUUGGAUGUUUUUGAUGUACUAUAAAUUAGAUGCAAAUGAGGUCGACGGAGUUUUAAGGCGGCUUUCAAGAUGGAAAUGCAGCCUCAGAAUAUACCACAGAAGUCGGCACUAAAACAAAUACAAAUAAGGUGUUUGGGUCAGUCUUGUUGCUUCACAUUACAUCAUAGUGGCCACGGCAGAAGCUAGAAAUUGCCUUUUUCUCGUCUGACGCUGCUGGAGACAAGUGGCACAAGUCAAUCUUCAUUGCGUGGAAAAGGCAAUAAACAUUCACUUGGUGGGAUCAGAGACACAAACUGUGUUUUCCUUUUAAACUUCACCUUCCUCCCUUCUAAAAUAAUUUGUUUGAUUUGCCAUCUUUGUGUAACAUUAACAGUACAUACUGGUGUUAAUUCAACUGGAAAUUACCGCAUUACAGUGGAGUGCUGCAGUACCAAGGAAGCAAACAAUGACUUGUUUUCAAUGCUGUUUCAUCUUAUUCUUGUUUAAGAAGUCAGUUGUUUCAUUUGUGCAUUGAUGAAUAAUGCAGUUGUGCAUGAAUGUACCCAGUGCUUACAUUAAAUUAACUGUAGCAUUAAAGGAUGCAGUCUGUCGGAGUUUGUGCAGGCCACAGAUUGAACAUAAUUACUGCAACGUGCAAUAUGUUAAAACAAUUUCCCACUUCUUUGGCAAAUUUGAUUAAAAUUAUCCAUGUGAGUAGAAGCAUGACUAGUUGCUAUGUGGAAAAAAUGUAAUUUAUAACAAAGAAUUGCCUUAAUUCCUAGAGGGUGUGUAGCUUGUAUUAUACACAACACAAGGAAAAGAUCCCACUUAGGGAGCUGAAAUUUUACUGUGAUUUUUGUCUUUUGCCCACUUACUUACCGCUGUAAUUACCUGCAGAUUUAUUAUUCUUACCUCGUAGCUAAUGCCAGCGCUUCAAGGGUUUCUAAAAGGAACAGUCCUAACAUUUCUUUUCUGAGUGGAAAUGUUCUCAUUUUCUGUUCAACCUAAGAAGGGCUUUGUCACAUUGUGCCAUUCAUCGUGCUAUUUUAGCUCCCCGAAACACCAUUCAGUUCCACUAGCGUGAUGAAAUUGCAGCUGGUGGCCCCAAUUAUCACGGCACACACCACCCUGCUUUCUUGGUAUUGAUUCAGCAAAGAGAAUUGGGUCCAAGAGGGGGAGCAUUGUGGUAAGGCGCGACCAGCACCGGCGAUAAAAAUUGGCAGCGAAUUUGGCAGUAUUCAUUUGGAAACAAGAACAAAAUGUCUGUCGUAUUAAACAUUAAAACUGCAGCGAGGUUUUUUUUUGUUUUUUGUUUUUUUUAGAGAGAGUAAGAUUGCCACCUUAAUGCUGUGAGUUUCUUCCACUUGCACACACUGGCUAGGCAGCAGUGAGUGACUUCCAGACAGGAGGCCGACUGCAGUCGCACUAAAUAACUGGAAGAGGUAGACACAUUUCAAAGAUCUCAUUUCACUCUGUCAGGGAAGAAGCGGCGUGUCGCUACUUGAUGGCAUGGCUGCUCGGUGUGACAACUUCACCGGUGGGAAAACUGCCACCUCCCGGUACAGAGUCUCUCCGGUGUCAGAGCGAAUCCUGCUGCUUCUUGAUGGCUUUUCCUCUCCUCUUUCUGUUUCACCUGCUCUGAUCGAGAGUCACGUUAGCAACAUGUACUAGUUCUUUACUGGUAGCAGCAAGAGGAUGUUUGCCAACGUAGCCACUUCAAAUGACCCCUGGAAAAAAUGAAAUUUGAUGCUUGUAAGAUGAAGGUUGUUGAGAAAGAAAGCUGUGUUCCAGUGAUGUUAUUUAUCUUGUUCUGUGCCGACACCCUGUAAUGAUGACCUGUCACUCUUCUCUGUUUUGUGCUCUAUAUUUAUAUAUGAUCAGGCUUCUUUUUCACUGUAUUUCUUUGGAUUUAUCACCCAUUUUUUGUGCCAUACCUGCAACUAAUGAAAAAAUAAAGAAAAGGAAUAUUUUA